GUAUUUCGUUUGUAAAUCGUUUGUGAUGGAUUGUGAGUCUAUUUUUAACGUUUGUGACAAAUUAGUUCUUUUGUAAUUAGCAAUUUUAUUUCAGUAAGCACAGCCGGUAUGAUAAUCGUGGCUGUUUUACCAGUCCUUCUUUUACCGCACCACACACGAAAAUAAAGGCACGUCCAAUUUUCUGCCUGUGUAACCACUGGUAAAGGCAUGCCCAGUCUUGUUAAAUCUGUAGUCACUGCACUGUGAAACAUAAUUGAUAGACGUUACAAGCUCCCUUACAUUUUUGAUAGAUUUCUAUGAAGUAUAAAUUUAAAGAAACAUUAACAGAAUGGUGAAGUAAUGUUGAAAUUAGAAAAUGGCGAAAAUUAUAAAAGAAUCCGAAUCGUUUUCUUCGAUUCUAAUUUGCGAAUAUUGCGCUAACCUUACGUUCAAGCAAAUUGAAGAUUUUGUAAGACAUUUAAGGGAUCAGCAUUGCUCUAGAGAAGGAGGUUCAUUCGUCUGUCUAUAUGGUUAUAAUGGAGUGUGUACCAGUCUUCCUGUGGAGGGUGUCUCAGACAAAGAUUAUGUAGCACAUGCUACUAAACACGCAAUAAUGCAACAACAGCGUAAAAGGAAUGGGCAUUUAUUAGAACCUUCAUCCUCAUGGACUGUUUAUUCAGCAGCUCAAAAUUUACCAGCUGUUCUAAAUGAUCCAUUUAAAGGAAAACAAAGUAACUUUUUAACUCGUACUUGGGGAGAUAGUUUUGUAGAAAAAGUUGAUAUACCUAAAAGUCCAUACCUUCCUGAAAUCACAUUACAACAUUUUGAAUCGUAUUUAAAAAAGAUUGCAAGGAGAUAUCGAAAACAUUUUCGUAUGAAUUCAAGCGUUAACGCGCCGACUACACCUAACGAACUGCUACAGACUUUUCCAAAUUUAAGAAAAGUUAAAUCUUUAGAUCGAGUGCAGUUUGAUUUAUCAAGUAUUCCAAAAAUUUUUUUAACGCCUAAUCUAGAUCUUUCGCAGAAAGAUAAUUUUUACGCCGUAUUUCCAUUUGCGAAAAGCGGAUUGUUAAACGAAGAUUCUAAUAUUGUUAUGCAUGUAAAACAGAUGCAAGAAAAGUUAAGUCAUUAUUUAGAUGUUGUGGAAGUUAGAAUAGCGGAACAAGUCGCUUCCAAGUCUCAGGCAUUUUUUCAUGCUAUGACAUCUCAUGAUGCUCUAAUGGAACAACUUACGCAAACGAUUACAGUUUUAAAAGCUCUUAGGAAAAAUAUUCAUCAAGUUGAUAAACAUCUAGUCAACGAUUCUUUAGAAAUUUUACGUUUGGAACGAGCAAGAUCCAAUCGUUUACUGGUUCAAAAAAAAUUAAAGCUAAUGGCUACUGUGCAUCAAAGUCAGCCAAUGAUACAGUUAUUGUUAUCUACACCAGACUAUGUCGCGGCAUUAGAUCUCAUUGCUACAACACAAGAAAUACUUUUACAAGAAUUGAAUGGGGUGCAUAGUUUUAGGCAUUUGAGUUCUCAGUUAACCGAAAUGGAGAAACUCGUAGAUAAAAUGUUAUCUACCGAAUUCCAAAGAUACGCGACCGCAGAUUUAAAUAGACCUUUAGGAGGAGAAAAUACUGUCCUGGAUGGUGAUAAACUUGUUUCCAUCAUUUCUGGUCUCCUACGACAAAAACAAUUUCAAUUUGUGGAUACGUAUAAAGAAGAAGCCGUGACAACAGUACGAGCUGUAACUAAGCAACGAGUGAUAGAAGCUUUAGCAGCAAGCGAUUGUUGCAGCGAUCAACAAGCUGCGGCCUUAGAAGUUGGUGGACUUUCGCUCGCGGAAAGAUUAACGUUACUUCAUAAUGCUAUACAAUCCUUAACGUUCCUUCUCAUGCGAAUUAAGGCUGUUCAUAGUGUAAUGCAAGAUACAGUAGAUCUUGCUGCUGGUCGAGUAUGCGACGGCUCGUUCGAUGACGCUAUACCUGAUCGUUUAUUAACUCCGGCAGAACAUUCGCGAGUAACGACCAAACUCAAUGACAUGAUAAUUUCCAUUUGUGAUUAUUGUCACGAGCGAAUGGGAAAUCUGCUUUCCGCAGGUACAAAUGACAAAGAGAAAUCACAAAACGAGAAAGAUAAAGGAAAUAAUGAAAAUCAAAAUAAUAAAGUAGAAGAGAAGGAAAGUCAAAAUUGGAAUGAUAAAUCUUCUUGGUUAAGUAAGAGGGCGACAACAAAUCAAGUAUGUCAGUUAGCCAAUUUGGUAGAAGAAUUUACUGAAACUUGUGAGAAACUUUGUGGAAAACAAUGUACGGGAUUACGAUCCGCGUUUAAGGCUCAAGCUAGUAAGUUUAUUCAAAGAUUUCACAUCGAACUUAAAACAAAGCUCACUCUUUUAUUGGAAUCCGAAAGAUGGAAACGAGCUGAUGUGCCAGAAGAAUUUCAAUCGUUGGUAACAUACGUGUACGAAAAUAAAUGUUUUCCGCUAACUUUAUUGAAAGUAGAGGACAGAGUGAAAAAAGGUGGUAUUCAAACCUUCAUUGUAGUAGGGGACGAGAAAUAUGCUGUUGUAGGUACAGCUUUAAUGCUUAUUCAAAUGAUUCAGGAAUAUUGCAGAACUGGCAGUGAAUUGAUUGCUUUGUCCGGAACAAUCGGAAGGCAUUUAGCCGAAUUAUUACGGCAUUAUAAUUCUCGUUGUUGUCAACUUGUUCUCGGGGCAGAAGCAAUGCAAGUUGCUGGUUUAAAGAGCAUUACUAGUACGAUACUUGUGUUAGCAGCGCGUAGUUUAAAAUUGAUUCUGUGGUUUAUGCCUUUCGUAAAGUCGCAUUUUCAGAAUCUUGCGGAGCAAAAUCCUAGUCGCGGAUAUGGUGCAUCUAGUAUAAGUGGUGGUGUUGCUUUGUUGGAUAGCGUCGAAAGAGAUAUUCAUGCUCACAUAAAGGAAAUUGAGAGUAAGAUUCUUACUAUCGUUGACAAUCUAUUGGGUGGUCAAAUAUCAAAAUGGACAGCUAGGCCACCGGUACCAUCGAAAUCGUUUAGAAAGAUUUCUAGUUAUUUAAUAAAACUUCACGAAGCAGUUUCUGGAAUUCUCCCACCCGUUGAAGUACAAACUCUGUAUCGUACAGUAAACACAUCUUUCAAAGAAAAACUUAGAGAGCAAUUAGUCAAAAUGAAUAUAGUAAAUAAUGGCGGGCCACAACACGGUGUUGUUACAUCUGAACUUACAUUUUAUCUUGAAGCAUUACGAAAAUUGAAAGUGUUACCGACUAACGAGUUGGAUGAUAAUUGGAUGAGUGACAUAUGGACCAGAUAACAUGCAGAGCGUGUGAUAUAUUGCAUAAUAGAAGCGAUGAAAUAUUGUAGAAAAAGAGAUGAAAAUAUUAGGAACACCGCAUUAUCCCUUUGUUUUGAAGAAGAACAACGACGUAAAACCGACGGAAACGAAUCACACGAACGUUCAAUCAUCAUUGUUGGUAGCAAGAAUGUUGUACGUAAUGUUAUAAGUAAAAAAUACUAAAUAAUGUUUUCAAACACUUAUAUGCCUUGUGUAUACGAAAAAAGAAAUAUGAAUUCUUAGGGUAAAACGACGAUCGUACAUCGGUUUCUUGAAAAGGACGAGACACCAAAGCCAACUAUCGCGAUUGAUUACUCCUAC